AUGCAUAUUCGGUCAACUCUCACCCUGGGCCUCUUAGCCAACACUGCCACAGCUGUUCUUACGAGCUGCGGUACGAAAGGCUCCAGCAAAGCUUUGCAGGAUCUGUCUAAAGAUCUGCAAAGUGAGCCUUUGACAGUUCGUGACCAAGGAAAGAACAUCGAAGUUAAGACGUUUGUUCAUAUUGUUGCAGCAAGUGAAAAGGAAGAAGAUGGAUAUCUUACCGACGAUACAGUCAAUAGUGAGAUCGAGCUACUGAACAAAUCCUACAAACCAUGGAACUUUUCCUUUAAGCUCGCCAAAAUCACACGGACUAUCAAUGAAACUUGGGCUUACAACUAUGGCGAUUGGCCUGGUGGUAAGGAUACUGAGCCUGAAAUGAGAGCGGCUCUUCAUAUGGUCCCACGUGGAAAGUGCGAACUCCCUGUUCCCGGCGCGACAGACGACACCGUUCUUGCGGAUGGAUGCAUUAUGAAACCUAAAACCCGUGGCGUGCUUCCCCCCACCUUCGAUCAAGUGACCAUUCAUGAGGUCGGUCACUGGUUCGGCCUGGAACAUACCUUUCACAAUGGUUGCGAAGAGCCAGGCGACUAUGUUGACGAUACGCCUUACGAAGCAUCUCCUGUUCAGUUUGGUAACUGUGCCGAGCCUGGCCGCAAUACUUGCCCCGAUAAGCCUGGCUUGGAUCCAGUUGACAACUACAUGACAUAUGUAGACUAUGACUGUGGUCCUUUGAGGUUCACUCCCGGUCAGGCUGAACGAAUGCACAAGCUUUGGAAGCUACGUGCGGACUCAAAGAUUUAG